UAAUACCUAAAAGUGUCAUCAUUAAUGGGCCGCAACAACAACAUCAUGUUUUUUGUUUAAAUUCACCGCAUAUAUUGUACUUCCCGAGUUAAAAGCAUAUUCCCAUUGCAAGCGGAGUGGUAAAAUGACAACCGACGAGAGCAUUAUGGAGGAAAUGCUGGAUCGAGCAACAAAUCCGGCUAAGGAAAGGGUAGACGAGUUGGGCGUGCAAAUGUUUUGCAUUGUGGUACGCAGUCACGUUCAUCUGGUGCACAAGGCGCAGGAGAUGAUUGUGGCCAAAGUGCGGUCGGCAAACGUAACUGAAGCAACGCGAGCCAUUUCGCUGCUGGAGGAGUGCAUGACUCAGUGCGGCGAAGAGUUUCAGGACGAGGCCGGGAAGUUUCGCUUCCUCAACGAACUGAUCCGGCUGGUGUCGAAGAAGUACAAGGGCUCCGAGACGCCGCACGAGGUGAAGCAGCGGAUUAUGGAGUGCCUGCUGCUGUGGACCACCGAGUUUCCGCAGCGUCAGAAAAUACGCGACGCCUACGACAUGCUACGCAACGAGGGCGACAUCGAGCAUGGCCAGACAGAGGCGGCGGUGGCCAAGCGGGAGAGUGUGCUGGGCACCAUUGAUGAGGCGAUGUUCGCCAAGCUGAUCAAGAGCAACAAUCAGGAGAACUUCAAGCGUGCGAAUCUGCUGCUGCAGUACCGCAUGGCACAGGAGGCGCGACGCAACGAGCUGCUGUCCCAGCAUCGGCUGGAACUCAACGAGGUGCUGAAGACGAUGGAGCUGCUCAACCAAAUGCUGGACACCUACGAUCCCUCCAACAAGGAUGUCAGCGAGACCAUUACUGACCUCUACAUCAUGUGCAAGAAGCACAAGCCAAUCUUUCAGCAUAUGACACAGCUGCUAGACGACAACGAUGCCCAGCUAUUAGCUGACACAUUGGAUGCCAAUGGGGCGCUUCUGACGACAAUGCAACGCUAUAACCAGCUUGUGCCAUCGCCCACAAAGAACACUGCUCCAGGAGCAGCACCUGCCCAGAGCCAGACACCAACAACAACAGCAGCAACAGCAACAAGUUCCAGCAACGAAUUGUUAAUCAAUGAACUGCUGGGCGAUCUGCUCAUUGGCAGCCUUGAAAAUGGAGCAGAACCAGCAGCUGCGGCUGGAGCAAAAGCAAAAACUUGCACGGCCUCCGCUUCCGCUUCCACUUCCACUUCUGCUUCUGCUCCCGCUACAGCCGAUCCUUUGGCUGAUCUGAGCGACAUCUUUAGCAGCGCUUUGGCUGAAAGCGAGUCCAAACAAUCGACUGAGAAAGCCGGCUCUGGCUUGCUGAAGCCUGAGGUGCUCAGUCAGUGCACGGCCAGCGAUGGCCUGGGAAAUGGCUCCAGCUGCAGCUCCAGUUCGGAUUCCUCGCGCAAGCCGGGCACAGAACGGAAAAUGCCACAGAUUGAUGUGCUGAGCGAGGAGCUCUUCCAGAAGAUAUUGCCCAGCCAGGAGAGAAUGAGCAGCUUCAAGCGUGAUCCCGAGAAGGUAACCCUCAACGAUAUGGCCAAAGAAAGGAUGCAGAUAAAGGCACCCGAGGUGGCACAGACACAGACACAGACACAACCACUAGCAGUAGCAGCUGCAGCUGCCGCAGAGCUCGUUGAUGAUGUUCCCCUGCUAAGCGAUGCUCCGCUCACCGUUGAGCAGGAGCCACAGCAGGAGACAGCGCCCCAGCAGACACAUCUCAGCGAUAUCAGCAUCGAGUUGGACAAUGUCCAAGCAACCGGCGAGCAGCGUGUGGUGCUCGACGAUGAUGAUAUGCAGCUCAGCUUGAACUUUACCAGCGAUCGGCCCGGCCACCGUGUCUCUGUGAUUGUGAUUUCGGCGCAGAACAAGAGCCGUCAGCCUGUGCGGGACUUUCAUUUCGAGGCGAGCGUCAAGAAGCCAUGCAAGGUGCGCCUGCUGCCGCCCACGGAGAGCGCCAUGCCACCGCACAAGCCAUUUCGUCCAGCCACGCCCAUCAAUCAGGUGAUGCUGCUGCUCAAUCCCACCGGCAAGGCCGUAGAUGUCACCUGCAUUGUGGGCUAUAAACUGGGCGACGAUCCCGAUCCCAUUAAAGAGUCAAUUGUGGCCCAAAACAUUGCCUAUGUGGAUUAAAAAUUUAAGCAGAAAGCAAAU